AUGGAGUCAUCCGCAGCUGCAGACGGUGCAGAUAUUUUGAACCUGGACUCGUUGCCCCCUGAGGUUCGCACGCCCCUCGCGAACUAUCUGAUUAUCUUGGAGACAACUCUCGUCAGCUGGGGCAAGGAGGAAGGUCCGACUGACGUGGCCAAAUGGAAGGAGUCGGGGCGCUUGUUCGUGGAACACAUGGGCCGCACAGUGCAGUAUAUCAGUGUCGACAAAAUUACCGAGCACGUCAAGCGUCGUUUGGAGAUUCAGCUCACGGAGACUCAGCUGGCUCGCGCGGCGGUCAAGCUCAGUGAGAUUUGCCGACAUGCAACCUCGGUCUGGACCUUCUCCGCCGGCGUGGUGCUCCCAGAGGAGGGCCCUGUGCUGCUGGCCCUGCAGCCCGCCUCGUCCCGGGAAUCCCGGGUCCUCGUCUUCAUCAAUCCGCGGAGAGUGCUGUCCCCUUCCCCGCCUGUAGAGUGCCCUGCGUUCCUUCACCUCCGGGAGCCCCGGCCCCUUCGCCGCUGCGCUCAGGCUGCUUUGCUUGCCGAGUCAUCUUCUCUGGGACGGCCUGGGGCUUGGGGUCUGCUCUCUCUAGUGAAAGCUGCAGUGCUGUCGGAGUGCCGUGUUCGGAGUCAUCAAGCCUUGCGUCGCAGUGCAUUUUUUGCAUCUCGAGAUCACCUGCUGAAAGCCCCUGCUUUCAUCAUGACGAGCUCGCGAGCGCGGGCGUUGGCCGCAGACCUCGUGCUGGAUGGAUGCUUGACGCUAGUGGCUCGUCUCGGGCUCCGAGUGUUCCCCGAGGCGAGUGUGGAGCAGGCGUUCAAGAAGAUGCGCGUCCUGACGCACCCAGACAAGUGCUCUCCCGAGCAGAAGGCGCGAGCCGAGGAGGCGUUCAAGGAGCUCGACAAUCUCAAGGAAGACAUCGGCAUCCUGUCGCAGCACCUCAUCAACGCCUUGCGUCGAGGCCGCCGCACGCCUCGGGAAGAAGCUUUGUUUCAGGAGCUCCGCGACCCUACGCCUGAGCCUACAGCGGCACCACCUCCGGCUCCCAAGGCAGCGCCCGAGCCAGCUCCGAAAGCAGCAGCUGCGCCGCCACCUAAGGCAUCGCCCGAGCCAGCUCCGAAAGCAGCAGCUGCGCCGCCACCUAAGGCAGCUCCGAAGGCCAAGCGAGGACCGGGUCGGCCGAGGAAGACCGCGCCUCCGGCUCAGGCGGCUCCUCCGGCUCAGGAGGCGUCCAGUUCGGCGCCCAGCACCGGCAAGCGCAAGGCGGAGGACUUGCUCAUCGUGGAGGAGCCGGUGAACAACCCCAUAGACCGGGUUAGCCCGAAAGUUAUCUUUGCCAGAACACCGGGGAAUAUCCUAGCGAGCAUCGAGGCCUUCAUGAAGCUCCGCGGCGCGCGGAAGGUGAUCCUCGCCACCGGGUACAGCCUCUUCGAAACGCUCGGCUUCUUCUUGGUCCGGCGGGGCGGCAAUGGCUGCGUCACGACAAGCUGGCGCGAGAGCAAGUUGCCCGGCGACAUCCUCGGCCGCCGCUUCUCGGGUGUGGACUUUGACGUGGAGCCGCCUGUGGUCUUCUGCGAUGUGCCGCACAGCCAUGCCUGCACCUCGGCUUUCGCGCACUGCCGACUCGUCAAGGAGAUCUGCCGCCAGGGCAUCGACGGCUGGGUGGACGUGGACGUGGUCAACAGCGUCUUCUCGCAGUUCGAGGCCAACUUCAAGGAGUGCCCCGAGGCGGUGAAGCGCUACAACAAGGACCGCGACGGCAUGGUCGCGGCGGUGCGCGAGGCCUACGGCUGCUCCAGGGACGUGGCGAAGCGGCUCUUCAUCCGCUUGGGCUUCAUGGGCAAGCUGGAGUCGUGGCUCCAAGACUUCGGGCUGGAGAAGAACGACAGCCCUCUGGAGGCGGAGCUGGUGUCCUUCGGCGAGGACAUGCGGAGCUUCGGGGAGGCCCUGGCGGUGGAGCAUGCUCAGUGGUUCGAGCUCUUCAAGGGCAAGAAGUACCCCCUGGGAAGCUUCAUGUCCGCGAUCUACUUCAAGCUCGAGCGGCAGUUCCUCGACCGCAUGAUCGCGGCGGUCCCUGUGCCGGCGACCCGCCGGGCGUCCCUUCGGCGCAUGCCGAACGUCUCCUCCGUGCGCAGGGAGUCCUCCACGACCGAGGCCCUCGGGUUCUUCUUCAAGAGCAUCAGCUCCUUCGCGGCCUUGCGCAUCUCCUUGUUGCCCCACCACUCGGGAUGCCUGUGCUUCCAGGGCAUGCUGCGCUUGAAGAAGUCGCUCCUCUUGGCGCGGGAGAAGCUGCCGGCACCGCAGGUAGAUCAGGGCCUCCUGCGCCAGGGCAUUCAGGAAGGCCGGUCGCCCCAAGGGAACAGUGGGCUCGACGUGCGGUCGCAGUCUGUCGCCUCGACGGCCUUGCUUGAGAGUGCCAUCAACCCAAUGGCAGUGAACCGGUUCGAAUAUCUCGCGAUGCUGGCGGGCGAUGCGCCGGUUGGGGACUUCCGAGAUGAAGACAAACCUCGCCCCCUCAAUGGCCGAGAGGAAGGGCGAACAUCCUUUGUUGGCGCCCUUCAUGCAAUACCCCCAUUUCAAAGCCGCGCAGUAGCCGCCCGUGGGGCCCGUGCCCGCAAGCUUCUGCAUGAUGGAGACGCCGAGGUCCUUGCCACUCUGCGCGGGCCCGCAGUUCCACAUCAGCUCGCAGAAGGCCGGAUGGCCCGCGAUCGCCCGAGCGAGGUUCUUGCCCACGUAGACGGCGGAGAGCUUCUCCAAGAGCUGAACGACGGCCUCGGCAUCCAGCUGAACGGCUUGAGCGAGGCUGCUCUCCUGGCGGCCCUGAACGACCUCGACCCGCUCCUGCAGGUGACGAUCAAGGCGCCUCAGGACCCGGUCAAGCUGGCCAAGGAGCAGUUUCCGGAGGAGGAGUGGGACGGGCCAGCGGCGGUGUCAAGUCUCCCGUUCGAUGCGGCUGAACUGCAUCGAGUGCUCUUGGUGACCCGGCGCUGCAUGGGUCAGGGCGAGACGGAGGAUCAUCCCAGACCCAACGCCACCGACAACACGGUCGACUUCGGACGAGUCCUGGCUGCUCGCUUGGAAAGCGAUGUGCUCGUGCCAGAGAAUGAUUCCGUGUGCCUUCAGUUCCAGCCUCAGAAAGGGCGGUGGGAAGUGCACAAGGUGUGUGAGAAACUCCAUGGCCUCUACCGGCGCGGCAACGAGUCCUUUACUCCUGCUGCUCUGAUCGUGCUGACCUCGAACUUUCAGCCCCGCCUCACCCACGACGAGCGCCAGGACACCGGCAGUUCCACCAGAGUGAAUGUCAUCGCCGCCUCCAGCAUCUUCACGGAGAACGUGCACCUGGCCACCCAUCAGCAGAGCGACUCCCGGCUGGCGGACGAUGUGCUCGAGGGCAAGCUCACGGCCUGCGCUUUUUACUGGCUCUCGGAGUUCUACCACCUGCUGGACCUGGUGGAGCACACGAGGAACGUGGCGCCCCGCCCCGACAGGAUCAAGCAGGUCUCGGAGAUGUGCUUCUACGGGCGCCCGAGGAAUCCCGCUGGCUCCAGUGGCUCGCGAAGAUCACCUACACGGAUGACAUCAACGAGGCCUCGACCAUCGCCGAGGUUCACGAGAGCGGGGCAAGGCUCCGAGGAGGAGAGGCAGCUGAUGCCGAAUCUGACCAAUGCCGGCUUUGCGGACAAGCCACGCGAUGCGACCAAACGGGUCUGCAAGCGGCUGGUUCCGGGCCCAGAUGGCAGGCAGAUUCUGAGGAUGGUGAUUGCUCCGCCACCGCAGCCCUACUGA